CCAUUUUUGGUCUGUAUUAGCUCUUUAAGAUCUUUAGAUAUAUUUUUUUAUUUGAGCCGAUGUGAUAUUAGCAAUCGUUAAGAUCCCCGCCGCCUAACAAAUUUCUCUCCCAUUAAGAUGAAUCAAACAUCCAACACUCCUCAAAAUUGGAGUCCCAAACACACAAAAAUGCCCAACCUCACCCCAUUCUCCAAACUUGACAAAACCUUCGACAGAGCUUCUGAACUCAAAGCCUUCGACCAAACAAAGGCCGGCGUCAAAGGCCUUGUUGACUCCGGCGUGGCGGAGAUUCCAGGAAUAUUCUACUGCCCACCCAAAGAAGCUUCAAAUUCCAUUCCGGAGGAAACCCAUUUGGGUGUUCCGGUGGUGGAUCUGGAAGAUAUCGAUAAAGACCCAUUCAAACGCAGACAAGUGGUGGACGAAAUCCGAGAAGCUUCAGAAACUGGGGGUUUUUUUCAAGUGAUUAACCAUGGAGUUCCGGUGAGUGUUCAGGAGGAGAUCAUAAAUAGGGUUCGUCGAUUUUUCGAACAGGACAGUGAAGUGAAGAAACAAUAUUAUACAAGAGACUACACUAAAUCUUUCAUUUACAAUUGCAAUUUCGAUUUGUUUAGCUCACCAGUGGCCAAUUGGAGGGAUACCAUCGUCACUGUCAUGGCCCCAAAUCCUCCUAACCCACACGACUUGCCUCAAGUUUGCAGAGACAUCCUUUUUGAAUAUUCAAAACACAUUAUGAAGCUUGGAGAAUUGAUAUUUGGUUUACUUUCGGAGGCUCUUGGUUUGAAAUCAACUCAUCUCGUAGACUUGGACUGUAACGAGGGACUUCGCAUAAUCGGCCACUAUUAUCCGUCAAGUCCUCAACCGGAACUCUCCAUCGGCACAACUGAACACUCUGAUGAUACAUUCAUCACCGUUCUACUGCAGGACAAUAUGGGAGGUCUCCAAGUGCGUCAACAAAACAAAUGGGUGGAUGUUCCACCAGUUCCUGGGGCCUUCGUUAUCAACGUCGGCAACUUAUUGCAGUUGAUAACAAAUGAUAGAUUUGUGAGUUCAGAGCAUAAAGUAUUGGCGAACCGUGAAGGUCCAAGAAUAUCGGUAGCAAGUUUCUUUAGCACCGGCCGUCUACCAACAUCUAAACUUUAUGGACCCAUUAAAGAAUUGUUGUCGGAACAAAAUCCUCCCAAAUACAAAGAAAUCACUGUUAGAGAGUACAAUAUCUACUUUGCCGAAAAAGGGUUGGAUGGCACUUCUGCUCUUCCACAUUUCAAGAUUUGAUUACAUAGAUGAUUGAAAAGUCAGUUACUGAUAAAGGUUUGUGUUUGUGACAAUUAAUGAUCUUAUUAGCGGAAUCAUAGUAUAAUAUGUUGUGAGUUGUUAUGAGCUUGGCGUACAAAUUUCUUUUAUUUUAUCCUAUUAUCGGAUCGUCAGGAUUGUUGUUGCUAAAUAAUAUAUUUUUUUGUGUUUUUUGAAAGGUCCUAGAUUGAGUCAUUUUCGGUGUGUUGUUGUGUAGAGGAGAAGGUGGUUUUGAGGGUGAGUUUAUCCCGUCAUAAACUCCAUCUUUCCAAUAUGUCGUGUGUUGAACACUUGGUGAACGAAUGUUACACACUUGGUGAAUGUUAUACACUUGGUGAAUGUUUUAAUGCACUAGAUCAGUGUGUGAGAAGAUAUGCUGUUAGGGGAAGCCUAACUUGUUGAACAAUAAUGUAUUAAAUCCGCCUUCACUUAUUUAAAAAGGUUUGUUGUUUUUAA